AUGGGGGGCCAAAGUGCAGCAGGUGUGUGGUGUGGCAGGGGAAAGAGCAAGCAAUUUCAGAAAGACAGAGAAAAAGGUAGUGGUGGUGGUGAUGGCGAAGGCGAUGCUGACUUCAAGGCCCCCCGGGAGGGCUGUGCCGGCUUGGGUGGGGUUCGAACAGCCACUUUGGUGCAGGCGGGCCUGUGGAUGUACCUGAGCUCUGGAGAGAUGGAGCGAAAACGUAUCGCACAGCACAACCACCAAGCUGCCCACCGCCAAUACGAUGCGCCACACGACAAGCGAGCAAAGGAUCGGUGUAGCAAGUGUCGUGAGCGCUGGUAUUGCUCCGCAGCAUGUCAAAUCAAGGAUUGGAAGCUGGGACAUCGCUUUAAUUGCAACAAAGUUGUGCAACACAGCCCCAUCGAGCAGCGUUUGCCUCGGCCUGCCAUGUAUGUCUGCCUGGACCCCCCAACUACCCUUUGCCAUGACAUGAGCUCGAUUGGCCAGAACGACGUGGUCGCCCAGCAUUGGGCAGCUGGUACCCAGGAGCAGAAUGGCCUUGUCAACAUUAAGAACACGUGCUAUAUCAAUAGCGUCGUGCAAGUCCUAGCCUCACUUCCAGCCUUUCUCGAGGCCAUUUAUGCGAUGUAUGCCAAAAGCUCAAAGGGCAUCGACGAGAUGCCCCUGACUGUGGCACUUUUGUCUACGCUGGCGGGCAUUGUGGACCGCCGUGAUCUGGAGAACGUGCCGCGUCUCUUUAAUCUCGGCGAAAGCGGAUCUCCCGUGCAACCCGCGAUGGUUAAUGCCCUCGCCCCCAUCCCCCUUCUUCAGGCCGUCAUGACCAAGCAGUCUACCAUGGUCUUUGGUCAACAAGAGGAUGCACACGAGCUCUUUCAAAUGCUGAUGCACGCCAUCAUCGACGAACUUGCUCCCGACGGCUUGCCCAAGGCGAUUCAGGAAACAACCAGUGUCCAUCAACUCUUUCGCAGCAUCAUCACGAGUCAGCUCACGUGCCCAUCCUGCGGCUACAGCAGCAGCAGCUUUGAGUCCCACCUUGACCUUCAGCUUGAAAUUGAAGAGUACACUGACACGCUCGAGGAGAUGCUUGAAGCCUUCACUUGUCCUGAGCAGCUGGACAAGAGCAACAAGUAUCGCUGUGCUGGCUGUGACCAGCUUGUCCGUGCACACAAGCAGUUGUCUCUGUACGAGGCUCCCAACGUUUUGGCCAUUCAGCUCAAGCGCUUCCGUGCCGGUGCUCACGGCCGCAUCGACAGAUUUAUUCAGUACCCACAUCAACUCAACUUGAAGAACUACAUGACACCUGGUCACCACGACGACGGCAAAAUGGAAUAUGAGCUGUGUGGAAUCAUCAUCCACCUUACCGUCGGGAAUUUGACAACCUUUGGUCAUUAUGUCAGCGUCGUCAAGCAAGGCUCAGGCGAUUGGUUGCUUUGCAAUGACACUUACACGAGUGUUCUGGCCAAGGAGGAUAUUGAGAAAACCACCCCGUACAUGCUCUUUUACAAGCGGCGAGAGUUUCGUCCCUUGCCCACCGAUGUGGAUCCAGCCGCUGCACAGGAGAAGGAAAAGGGGAAAUGCAAGAGCGGUUGCGGUUUCUUCGGCGCAGCCGAAUACGGUGGCCACUGCUCAAAGUGUUUCAAGGCGCUGUCGCCCGUUGAGCAAGAUGCAUGCAAGCAAGCGGCAGUAGUGGAUGCCGCACAACCCAACGAGCCAGCUGCAGUCUCAAGCCGCAAAGUUGGUCGCAAUGAGAAAUGCCCUUGCAACAGUGGACGCAAGUAUAAGGCCUGUCACGGCAAGCAGUUUUAUGUGGAAUCCAAUCCCAACGAAGCCCAAUUGGCUCCCGCGGCGCCCACCCACCGCAACAAGGACAAGCAACCAAAAAGCAAGACCUUGACCCUCGGGCUCAUUCUUUGCCUAAACAUUGGCGUGACCCCACCAGACGUCGUGCGCACUCACCCCUGUGCCAAACUUGAGGCCUGGAUCGAUCCCGAGGAGAAACCCAAGGCCAUCGAGCUCAUCUCGCAGCGCUUGACCUCGCAAUACCUUCGCUGGCAGCCCAAGGCCAAAUUUCGCCAAGCGCCCGACCCCACCCUCGAUGAAGUGAAACGGCUAUGCUUGGCUUUGCGUCGACGCGCCAAGGAUGAAUGCGUUCUCUUGCAUUUUAAUGGCCAUGGCGUUCCCCGCCCGACGGCCAACGGCGAGCUCUGGCUAUUCAACAAGGAUUACACCCAGUACCUUCCGGCCUCCAUUUAUGACAUUCAGUCGUGGGUGGGUGCCCCAACCAUCUUUGUCUACGACUGUUCCGGUGCCGGCAUUUUGGUUGAAAAGUUCAACUACUUUGCCCAGCGCCGAAAAAAGGACAUUCACCGCCAGCCCAGCGUGGCCAAUGCUGAACAGAUGCAAGACUGCUUGCAGCUGGCCGCGUGUCGUGCCGAUGAAAGCCUGCCCACGAGUCCAGACUAUCCUGCGGAUCUCUUUACAGCUUGCUUAACCACGCCCGUGGAGAUGGCGCUGCGCUGGGUGUUUACCACCAAGCAGCAACGCCUUUUGCCUCAUGUGACCCUCGACAUGCUGGAUGAUUUGCCUGGUCAGCUAUCGGAUCGCACCACCAUGCGUGGGUCUCUCAACUGGAUCUUCACAGCCGUGACCGACACCAUUGCAUGGGAAGUCCUCCCUAUUAGCGUUUUUCAGCGCAUCUUUCGCAACGACUUGCUUGCCGCAGCCCUCUUUCGCAACUUUCUGCUGGCCGUUCGCAUCAUGCGCGAUGUAAACUGCACUCCCGUCUCCGAGCCCCCACUGCCGCAAACGCAUGAUCAUCCCAUGUGGGAGGCUUGGGAUUGUGCUGUCGACUUUUGCCUGGCACAGCUGCCUGCAGUUGUGCAUGGCGAGCAGGAGUUUCAGGAGGCACCCUUUUUCAACGACCAAAUGACUGCCUUUAGCGUCUGGCUGGAUUUGGUCGAGUCCAGUGAUGCCGAGGUCCCCAAAGCGCCCGAACAACUGCCAAUUCUGCUGCAGGUCCUUCUGAGCCAACCUCAUCGGCUGCGCGCCUUGGAGCUGUUGAAUCGUUUCAUGAGCUUGGCGCCAUGGGCAGUGGAGCAGACGCUGGCCGUUGGCAUCUUUCCCUACGUGUUCAAGCUCCUGAGCUCACUUGCUGUGGACUUGCAAGAGGUCCUUGUGAGCAUCUGGGCUCGCAUCCUGGUCGUUGAUCGAUCGCGCAAGCAAGACCUCCUUAAGCCACCCGGUUCCGUUGUGCGCCGUUCAUCCGGCAGAGGCAGUGAUAAGGCGUUUAUGUACUUUGUCAACAUUCUCAAGGAUGCAGCGCAGCCCCCAGCCUUGCUGGCGGCCGCCGCCUUUAUUCUUGUCAUUUUCCUGGAGGAUCAUCCUGAAGCACAAGACAUUUGCCUGCGUGCAGAUUUGAUUGCCGUGGCAGCACAGCUUUUGGAUCCUGCUGUAACUACGUCUUCUACCUUGCGCAAAUGGGUUGCACUUCUCCUGGGCAAACUGUUCAAUGGCCAUGAGAUGGCUCAGCGUGAAGCACGAUCCAAGGUGCUCGUUGUUCUACGUUUGACAGAGUUGCUCCACGAUUCUUCGCCUCAAACCCGCGCCGCCACCGUCUAUGCCCUGGGUCACCUCAUUUGCGGCGGUGAGGACGACGUCGACAUGAACGUUUCCACAAUUGGGUCAGCCUUGAUUAGCAUCCAAGACGAUGGCAGUCAUGUGGUGCGCAUGGAACUGGCCGCCUCGCUGUCACCGCUGGUGGUAUUGUACACAGCUCAGCUCAUUGAUGCGGCCUCAGCCUUGAAGCGAGCCGACUCACUGGCCAUGCGCCUCCCAUCGGACGAACCGUUUAUCCUCGUGCUGAAAAGCCUGCUUCUCUUGGCUACUGACCCUUUUCCAGCCGUGGCAGAGACGGCGUGCACGCUCUUGGCGCAUCUGGGCAUUCGCGCCACCCGCAAGCCUAUGAAGCUCCGAGAAAAGCCCAUGCCCUCACGUCCUCGCGACAUUGCGAGCUCCCCAGCCACGCCGACGCUUCCUGGAAGCCCUGGGUUUGGAGCCAUGAGUUUGGACGGCUUAACUGCAUCCUCGUUGGGGCCCCACUCGCCAAUGUCUCUGGCAUCUUCCUACGUCAGCCUGUUGCCCUCGGCCCGCGCUCAAAUGCACCAGCCCGUUCGUGACGACCUGCGUGACCUGGUCGAGCUCCUCGCCACAACCGCACAGCAGCUGGAAGAACAGGAACAGGGCAUGGACCGCGAUCCCCGUGAGGCUCUGUCUUCAAUCUGCCUUCAAUUACGCCGCAUUACCGAGGCAGCUCCAUCAAUUGUGCGACAGCUGCAGGGAUUGGCCGAUGCGGGGCAGCCUGGAACCAAUGUGGGGCUUCGCCUAGCACACACCAAUUUUGCGCGCACGGCGAUCGAUUCGUUCUGUUUGUGGCAGCACAACAAGGACAGCGACGCUUAUGCCAAGGCUGAAGACUUGGACUGGCGCCGUGAGCGUUCACACGAUGCCCAGGAGCGGGCUGGAGCCCUUGUUGAAGCGCCUGAGCGGCUUGUCAAGCCCGUGGAUGCAAUGUUUCACAAGUUGUGCACUGAGUCCUUUGACAUGCUGGCGUUUCACCCCCAUGACACGUUGGUGGCGGCGGCGAAUAAGGAAAGUGGCAACGUGCACGUGUAUGACAUGACCAAUGCCCAACCACCGGUCAUGUUUUCCUCCAAAGCAACCAAGCACGGCGCCAUCUCCUCCAUCAAGGUCAUCAACCCAGACCUGGACUCUCUGCUGCUAACGGGCUACGCUGACGGCACCGUGCGCCUCUGGCGGGAUUGGUCAACGCCCAAUCCGGGCCUCCACUCGGCCUGGCGAGCUGUGUCUAAGAUGCGUGAGUCCAGUGACGGCGUGGGGGCUGGCCUAGUGCUGGAAUGGGAUCAAAGCAGCGGACAGCUGAUCGCCACGGGGGACAUUAACUAUCUUCAGAUUUGGGAUGCGCGCAGUGAAAUGCGCACGCGCAAGCUGUCUAGCAACAUUGACAGCUGCAUUACCAGCUUGUGCAUUGAUCGGGAUGAUCCACAGCGACUGCUGGCUGGGUACGGCAAUGGUCUGAUUCGCCUCUUUGAUCUGAGGCACAGCGACGACCGCGCCGUCGUUCAGCAGUACAGCGUACACCAAGACUACAUUGUGAGCGUGCACUCGGCCAAAGAGAGCGAGCGCAUGAUGUCUGGGUCUCGAAGUGGUCAGAUCCUCUGGUGGGACUACCGUUACCCAGGCCAGCCUAUCCGCACGAUGACGGCACAUCGGACGCGCGGAGAUGUGGUCUUGCAGUGCCUUGACACGCACGAUUACGCACCCAUUUUCGCUACGGCCAACUCGCUGCAACAGUUCAAGAUCUUCAACAAGCAAGGUCAAUUGCUCCAUCACCACAAGCACUACACAAACUUUCUCGGCGAGGCCAUCGGUCCCAUCACGGCACUCAAGUUCCACCCUUAUGAGGCCAAAUUGGGCGUGUCUUCCCUGGAAAAGCUUUUGACCGUAUACUCGGCGCCAUGCUAA